GUAUCAUAUAUCACAUAUAAAGACAACUCCCACGUUUUUCAGAGCCAUGCUUCCAAUCCAAACCACACACUUUCUCUGACCGCCAUGGCCUCCCGGACAUACAGAGCUCACACUAGUAGAACUAGUUCCAGUUCUACUCUCUUGUCUUUGUCAGUGAUCAUUCUUGUAUUGGGUCUGUCUUGUCGGAGCUGUCACGGGUUCGGCACGUUCGGGUUUGAUUUCCACCAUCGGUUCUCCGAUCCCGUCACCGGAAUUCUCGGCAAUGAUGAGCUCCCCCAGAAGGGUAGUCCCGAAUAUUACGCUGUUAUGACCCACCGUGACCACGUGAUCCGGGGGCGCCACCUCGGCGAAACGACGCCGCUUACUUUCGUUUACGGCAACGAUACUUACCGGAUUGCCGUUUUUGGACACUUGCAUUAUGCGAAUGUUUCUGUUGGGACGCCAAGGACUUCGUAUAUUGUGGCUUUGGAUACUGGCAGUGAUUUGUUGUGGUUGCCGUGUGAUUGUAUCAGUUGUGUGAAGGGGAUUAAUACAUCAAACGGAGAGGUAGUGGAUUUUGACAUCUACAGUCCUAAUAAAUCAAAAACAAGCAAAAAGGUUCCUUGCAACAGCACAUAUUGUGAAAGACAACAGCAGUGCACUUCACCAAGCAGUGAUUGUCGUUACAAAAUCAACUAUCUUUCUGCUAACACUUCAUCUUCUGGAAUCGUAGUAGAGGACAUUUUGCACAUGAUUACUGAUGAUGUUAAACAAAAACCUGUUGAGGCACCGAUAGCCUUUGGGUGUGGUAGGAUUCAGACUGGCAUAUUUUUAAGUGGGGCAGCACCAAAUGGUCUAUUAGGGCUUGGUAUGGAUGCUGUAUCAAUUCCUACCAUGUUAGCAAAACAGGGGCUUGCUUCAGAUUCUUUUUCCAUGUGUUUUGGACUUGACGGAAGUGGGAGAAUCAGAUUUGGUGAUAAUGGAACUGCUGGCCAACCAGAAACACCAUUCUAUGUCAGAGAUAUAUAUCCGACUUACAAUAUUACUGUUACUCAAAUAGCCGCUGGAGAAAGUGUUACUGAUCUUGAAUUCUAUGCAAUUUGGGACUCUGGUACCUCAUUUACGUACCUAAAUGAUCCAGCUUACACCCAGAUUUCUAAGAGUUUCAACAGUGCCAUCAAAAAUAAGCGGGUUACAGAUUAUAAUGAUCUGCCUUUUGAAUAUUGUUAUACAGUCAGUCCAAAUCAAACGUUGAAUUUGACAAUGAAAGGCGGAAAGCAAUAUAAUGUCAUUGAUCCACUUGUAGUUCUUUCUGAUGAGGAAGGAAAUAUACUGUUCUAUUGUCUGGGUGUUGUCAAAAGCGACGAUGUAAAUAUCAUUGGACAAAACUUCAUGACUGGUUACCGUAUAAUUUUUGAUCGCGAGAAGAAUGUAUUGGGUUGGAGAGAAUCAGAUUGUUACAAUGAUGAGGAAACCUCAACUCUUGCCGUCAGUCCAUCAAAAUCUCCUCCAUCAAAAUCUCCGGCCGCAUCCCCCACGAUUGAUCCAGAAGCUACAGCUAGCACUUCCAAGAUACCAUCAGCUACACCUAUUAGUGUUUCACCCAAAUUGAGCUCUUUUACCUGUGCAUUCAUCAUGGUUCUUUCUGCAAUUUUUGCCAUUGUUUAAUUAUUCUUUCUGGGUGCCGAGGUUUCUCGACCCUUGUAUCAUAUAUAUUCAUAGGCAUUGGUUCCAGGUAAAAUAUAUAGAAAACUGGAAGGUGACUUCCAAUUUUUGGUAUACGAAACUGAUGUCAACGCGAGGUUGUACAUAUGCUUUUAGCUAUGAACAAUGACUAUUGUUCCUUUUUUCUUCUAUUACAGAAAUAAAGUAUACGACUUGGUUUCUUCUUCU